UGUUGCGUCAACUGAGACUGCGACUGAGACGAUCUCUUUUGGAUUUAAUGCAGAGCGCUUAGCGUGUUAGUCUUUCAACUCGUGACUGCUCAUGAAGCCAGAAAUGAUUACCAGAAAACUCAGAUAAAAAUGCCAGCUCAAAUUUAUUGGAAGACUAGACAAAUUCGAGCAGUUUUGCUCGUGAUAAGCCUCUGCCUGUUGUUUUCACACGCGGCGUGGGGAAAAAAACUGAAUGCAAGUCAAGCGUUUGACGACUCAUGGAACACAGCAUCCGAUUUGGAGAAUGAACUGGAACAACAGAAACGAGCAAAGGGUAGUAGUGGCAAUAGUGCAACUGGAUCAGGAUCAGGAUCAGGGUCGGGUCAAUGGUCAUCCUGGUCGGAGUGGUCGACAUGCUCGCGCACAUGUGAUGGCGGCAUCAUGCAACAAAUGCGUCGCUGUAGCACGCCGGGCAACUGUCGUGGCGAGAGUGCACGUUAUCGCAUAUGCAACAUGCAACCGUGUCCGGAGCAGCAGGACUUCCGUGCCAACCAGUGUGCCGCCUACAACGAUGUUCCCUACGACGGCACCCUGUACAAAUGGACGCCACACUACGAUUACGUUGAACCCUGUGCUCUAACAUGCAGGGGACACCCGGCGCAUCUUACCGAGGACAUCUCCCCAGAAUCGGCUGGAAUCGGUGGAAAUGUCGAAGAAUCGGAGCAUUACGAUGAGCAGAGUGUCAUUGUGCAAUUAUCGGCAAGGGUGCAGGACGGGACUCGUUGUCGCUCCGGCAGUUUGGAUAUGUGCAUACAGGGCAAAUGUCAGCGCGUCGGCUGCGAUUUGAAAAUAGGUUCAACGAAGAAAAUUGAUGGCUGCGGCGUUUGCGGGGGUGAUGGCAACUCCUGUUCACAACCGCUCUAUUACUGGGAGAUGGCACCGAUGUCGCAAUGCUCCGUCACCUGCGGCGGCGGUUACAAAAUGUCUCGUCCUAUAUGCAGGAACCGUCUAACUGGCGCUGAUGUCGAUGAGACGCUCUGCAGCGUUGCUAAUCGCCCGGAGCCAUCGGUGGUGCCAUGUAAUACACACAGCUGUCCGCCACGUUGGAUAACCGACGAUUGGAGCACUUGCAGUCGCCUGUGUGGACACGGCUACCGUGAACGGAUGGUUGUCUGUGCCGAGGAGUCUAACGGCAUCAAAACGAGGGUUGCAGAUAUUAUGUGCCGCACUCCAAAGCCGCCAACACAAGAGACCUGCAUUAUUGAGGAGUGUCCGCAUUGGGAGGUGGAGGACUGGACCGGGUGCUCCGUUUCGUGUGGACAAGGCAUUCAAAUGCGAGGCGUUGAGUGCAAAUCAACGGAUGGCAGCCUUAGUGCCAAAUGUGAUCCCCUUACCAAACCAGGCAGCAUGCAGCAGUGCUCAACGGGCAUCCAUUGCGAUGGUGGAGGAGGAGGAGGCGGAGGUGGUGGCCAAAAUAAGGGCGGUGGCACCAUCAUUGUGGGCAGCAGUCGGUCCCUGAACGAGCGCUCCGAACGGCACAUGGACAGCUCUGACCUUGACGACGAUGAUGACGAUGAAGAUGUGGACGAUGAGACUGAAGAUGUUGAGGACAUGGAAUCUGGUCAGGACACGGACGAUGGCGAGGGCUUGUCAUACGCCGAUCAGCCAUUACGUUAUGCGCAUCACACACAAAGUCGUCUGCAUCAUGAGACGCCCGAGGAACCACGCACCAUGCGACUCAUGAGUGGUAGCUCCAGCAAGAACUACAACAGCAAUGCCAGAGGCGGGACAAGUGGAGGAACAGAUGUGCCAUCGCUGGAUCCAACUUUCAUUAAGGACACGGAAUUGUCACCCUGCAGCGUAACAUGUGGCGAGGGGAUACGUCGACGGGCUUAUAAGUGUAAAAUCUAUUUGGAAUACUCCCGUACUGUGGCCACUGUGAAUGACUCGUUGUGUGAGGGCACCAAGCCCCAUGAUGAGGUGGAGCGUUGCGUUGAGGAACCAUGCAUGCUACCCUCGCACGGCUAUGACGAUCAAUUUCCACGGGACUCCAUAAAGGUGGGCGUGUCGGAGCCGGGAAAGACAUAUGUGUGGCGGGAGCAGGGCUACACCUCGUGCAGUGCCUCGUGUCUGGGCGGGGUCGAGGAGCUGAUCAUCAACUGUGUGCGCGAGGAUAACGGCAGGGUGGUCCCGUUCCUCUGUUCGCCGGAGACCAAGCCGGAGGCACGUGUUCGCACAUGCAAUGAUCGUCCGUGUCCGCCGCGUUGGAACUACUCGGAUUACACGCCCUGCUCCAAGAGCUGCGGCAUUGGCAUCAAGACACGUGAGGUGCAGUGCAUCCAUGAGGUCACCCGUGGUGGUGAGAACACCAUGGUGGUGCCGAAUAGCAUGUGUCCACAGCCGCCACCAGCGGAUAGGCAAUACUGCAAUGUCCUGGACUGUCCGGUGCGCUGGGAGGUGGGUGAGUGGUCCAAGUGCUCGCACACCUGCGGUUACGGCUUCAAGGAUCGCAAAGUCGAAUGCAAGCAGAUUAUGGCCCAGGAGCAUAAGAUUGAACGAGCUGAGUCCAUGUGUCCCAGUGUCAAGCCGCCGGACAAGAAGCCCUGCAAUGUCAAGCCCUGUCCGCCCGAGGAUCCCAAGCCUGUCAUUCAGAUCAGUAAUUCAACGCACAUUCAGCAUGAUCCGAAGAAGACAAAGAUCACAUUGAAGGUCGGCGGUGCCGGUGUUGUCUUCUUUGGCACCCAAGUGAAGAUCAAGUGUCCUGUGAAGCGCUACAAUCGCACCAAGAUCAAGUGGAGCAAGGAUCACAAGCCUUUGGUGCGCUCACGCAAAUUUAAGGUAUCUAAAAAGGGCGCUCUACGCAUUCUGGACAUCACGUUCCGCGAUGCUGGCAUCUAUUCCUGCCACGCCGGGCUCAGUUCCGCCGAGAUUCACAUCGAGGUGAAGGCGAAGCCGGGCCAACAGGCCGAGGAACUUGAACGACAGGAAGCAGAUCGCCUGGUGCGUGAGAGAAGCGGCACGGAGGCGCUUACCUCAGCAGACAUGACCUCUGCUCCCAAUGGCGCAGGUGGCACUGAUGGUGGCGCUAAUGGCUCUCAGCAGCAGUCCACACGUCGCCGACAGCAGCAAAAUCAGUCGGAAAGAAUGCAGAAUGGACGUGAGCGAAAUCGCCGCCCCAAAUCGGAUAAUGUUCAACAUGCGGACAGCAGCAUUAUGGAGGAUGAGCAUUCGCAAUUAGUGCAAACCCAGGACAGGGUUCCACAGCCGGCGAGUGCCAGCAGCGGCAGCAGUCGCACCAAGACUCUACUGGCCAUGCCCUAUUUCCAGGCAUUGCUGAGCAACCUUCAGUUGCUUUGGCCGCUGCAGCGCUUCAAGGACUCGCGUGGCCAGCAUUUGCUGCAUCGAGAGUCGCUUAAUUACGGCCUGGAUUUGGAACCGCAACGCUUCGAGCAGGACGAGCCAGAGCGUGUUAUGACUAAAGAGCUCCACACCGAGGCCGGCCGUAUGCUGGCCGUGCCCCAGAAAUCUGAGCAGCCUGCAUCACAAGCGGACAAUGCGCCGCCGCAUCUGCCACAUGCACGCUGGGAAACUGCAACGGCAACGACUGUGGCAACGACUGUUGCAAUGGGAAUGGCAACGGCAACGACAACCAGAACAGCGAAUAGUGUAAGCAUCGGACAAUACAUCUACAAAUGGCAGCUGGGCGAGUGGUCCAAGUGCUCGUUGCAAUGCGGUGCCGCGGGCAGCGGUUUACAGCGUCGUUCGCUGAGCUGCCGGCGUGAGGAAACGGAGACGGAGGCGAGGACGAGGACGUCGAUGUCAAAUGGCAACAGCGACAUCAGUGGAGGAGAUGUCGUGGAGAAUGCAGAGUGCAUAGCCCAAGGGCUAGAUAUGCCCGACACGUUCCAGAGCUGCGGCAAUGAGGUCUGUCCUCACUGGACCAAGGGCGACUGGACGCUCUGCCAGCAGUCGCGUUGCCAUGGACGCAACACGGCCAUCCAGCGUCGGGAUGUGAGUUGCCGCUAUGAGAACGGCAGCAUGGGCAAUGCCUGCGAUGAGUACGAGAGGCCACCGGCGCGUCAGGAAUGCUACAAUGAGCGCUGCAAGGGCGUAUGGCGUGUGGAACCCUGGUCCGAGUGCAAUGCGCCCUGUGGUCGUCAGGGCAUAAAAUUCCGCAUUCUGCAGUGCGUCUGGUACGGUAGUCGUCGACCGGCGGGCAACGUCUGCAAGCAUCAGCCCAGGCCGGCGGUCAUGAAGGUGUGCAAAAGUCCCUCAUGCCAAUCCAAAAUUCAAUCAUCGACUGGUUGUCGGGAUACAUCGCGUUAUUGCCGAAAUGCUCGAGCCAUGGGCCUCUGUCGGCUGCAUCGCUAUAAGGAGAAAUGCUGCGGUUCCUGUCAGCCCAAUCAACAGAUGCCCCAAUAGAUCUGCCUGCGACUAAAGUAAAUAUACAAAAGAGCUAACAAAUUCUGCAAGCAAUUACAUACUAAAUAAUAUAUGAGGGUAAAACUAUAGCAUGAU